UUGCCGUAAAUUGUAAAUAUCAACAACGUUGCGGAUAGUGUGUACGAGGCGAAUAAAAAGUAACGAGGAGCCAGCAGUAAAAUAUUCUCUCUAACCUCUAAUUUAAAUAUCUGUACAAUGAUCUAACGAUCAGAAGCUGAGAACAAUGUCAAAUAAUACUAAUCCUCAUGCUACGGUUAACUGGGAUCAAGAAAGAAUGGUUCGCAUAGAACGUGCUAACAUUAAUGGUUUAUCUAAUCUUCAUGAAACAUUAAGGAGGUUAAGCUCUACCUUUAGGAUAGAUGAAGAUCAAGUAAAUUCUAAUAAUGAUUUUGAGCUUUCGCUAGACCUAACAGAUGGAGCGUCAUCUCCUAACCAAACAACAAGUAUUAGACAGUUAAAUUCUGAGGAUGAUAAAAGGUAUUGUUGGGUAUGCUUUGCAACAGAUGAAGAUGAUGUAACAGCUCCAUGGGUGAAACCAUGUCAUUGUCGCGGUACAGCUAAAUGGGUACAUCAACGCUGUAUUCAACGUUGGGUAGAUGAAAAACAAAAAGGACGUGCAGGUGUUCAUGUUGCCUGUCCACAAUGUAACACAGAAUACAUCAUAGUGUAUCCUGAUAUGGGUACUUUGGUGCUGAUACUCGAUACAAUCGACGGUUUAAUAUUUCGAGUAUGUCCACUAAUAGUAUAUUGGACAGCUGUGACAUAUGGUGCAGUGACAGUGAUGCAAGUGAUUGGUCAUAAAGAUGGCAUGUUGAUGAUGGAACAAGCCGAUCCACUUGUGCUACUCAUUGGCCUACCGACAAUUCCUAUUAUGCUCGUAUUAGGUAAAAUGCUAGAUUGGGAGGAUCAAGUCCUAAGUUUAUUUAGAAGACAUGCAUACAAAGUUCCACUGUUACAGCGUUUUCUUAAAUAUCGUUAUUCAGAAGAUGAUCUAGCACGACCCCAGGACGUUCCCCCAAUGACCGAUCCAGUACCAGCUACAAGAGUUUUAUGCGGAGCUCUUUUACUGCCCACUAUUGCAACUAUUUGUGGAAAAUUAUUUUUUUACGGGAUAAACUCAAAUCUUCAAAGAACUUUAUUGGGUGGAGUUGCAUUCAUAACAAUUAAAGGAGCCUUCAAAAUUUAUUAUAAACAACAACAAUAUAUAAGACAACGUCAGAGGCGCGUUAUGGAUUACACUGAAAGUAACAUAGCAUUGUACAGGAGACAAAGGAGCUCAGAAGAUAACCAGACUAAUUAAAUAUAUUAAACGUCAUAUAUCAGUAAAACAGUUAAUGAAAAGUAUACCAAC